GAAAUUGAAAAAAAGUAAAGCGUCAUUAUCGUAUAUAAAGAAAAAAUGGAAGGAACUGAUGAGAACGCAAUUCACGCACGCCUGAAGUCGAUUUACGCGAAUCUGCACGGAUCGUCGUCGCACGGCGUCACACACCAGCGGGCAAUAAAGCCCUCUGCUCAGAAGAAAACCGAAACGCAGUGGAACACACACGAGUACGUGGACGCUAAUAAUAAUUUGGAGUACGUCGAGCACAAUAUCGAGUCCAAUGUGCCAUCGAAGAAGGUCAUUAUUAAGACAUGCAUUUGCGAUCGUCCAGGAAAGGCGCUCGAGUGUGGCCGCUGCCACCAAUACUUCCAUGGCCGCAUUGCCGCAAAAUGCGAGAAGCAUCCAGCGGAGGCUUUCUUGAUGGACUUUCGCGAGUGCCCCUACUGCACGGCUAACCAUGACCAAAUCAAGGAAUCUAAAUUGACAUGGGCUGAGAUCCGCAAGAUCGAGGACGCCGUACUGCCCAAUGAUGAUUUAUAAACGCGAGUUUGAUACUCGCCAACAGCAUAAUUAAUUUACAUAACCAUAAUGUAUCGAUUGUGCAUGAAAUUACAAUUAUCUUUCUUCAAA